GCAGAUCAUGCGCUUUGCAAUGAAAUCCCGAAGGGGACCUCAUGUCCCUGUGGGACACAAUGCCCCCAAGGUUUUACUUGAGGAUGGGGUUAGGGGGUUCCUCAGCCCCAGGUCAGUGGGAAGGGCUGCCUUUGCGGAACUUUAGAGCGACGAGGGCCUCAGAAAGCGUUUAGUUGCACCCUUCGUGUGACGAACUGAAACCUAAGAGAAGGAAGGCGCUCGGUGCGGGACACGCGGACCGGGAAUGUCCGAGUGGUCUUUUUGUCCCAGCUUUCUCCUCAGCUGCCGCUGCAGCGUUUCCGCCGCGUCUGACAGGCGUCUGAGACGAGCGGGUCUAGACCAGAAGUCUCGCCCCCCCCCGGCUCCACCCCCUUGUGUGGCUGUCGGUGAUCCCAGGGUCCAGCUGGGAUCCAGCCGCAGGGGUGGAUUUCCAACGUUUAAGGACUUAAAAGAGGAGAUUGAUAUCCGGCUAUCCAGGGUUCAAGAUAUCAAGUAUGAACCUCAGCUCCUUGCAGAUGGUGAUGCAAGACUGCUACAGCUAGAAACCCAGGGAAAUCAGAAUUGCUACAACUAUCUGUACAGGAUGAAAGCUCUGGAUGCCAUCCGUGCCUCUGAGAUACCAUUUCAUGCUGAAGGCAGGCAUCCCCGUUCCUUAAUGGGCAAGAAUUUCCGCUCUUACCUGCUAGAUCUUCGGAACACUAGUACUCCUUUUAAGGGUGUGCGCAAGGCCCUCAUUGAUACCUUGCUGGAUGGCUAUGAGACAGCCCGCUAUGGGACGGGGGUCUUUGGCCAGAGUGAGUACCUGCACUACCAGGAGGCCCUGAGUGAGCUGGCCACUGUGGUCAAAGCACGAAGUGGGAGCUCUCAGAGACAGCACCAGUCGGCAGCCAAAGACCUAACCCAGUCUCCUGAAGUCUCACCAACAACCAUCCAGGUGACAUACCUCCCCUCCAGUCAGAAGAGUAAACGUGCCAAACAUUUCCUUGAACUGAAGAGCUUUAAGGACAACUAUAACACACUGGAAAGUACUCUGUGACGAGCUGAUGGAAGCUGCCAUGCUGCUGGUGGGGCCAGCGGCCUCAGGUCAUCUGGCUGGUGGGUCCAGGUCAGCUGAAAUGCCACAGUGUCCAGAGCUCUUAGGGUUCGUGCCUAGAGAAUCAUUCUCCAGCUUGUUCUUACAGCCCAUUUCAGAGAAUCAGGACUUUAUUUUCCCUUGGGAACACUUUUUUUUGGAGUUGAAUUCAGAUGUUUUUCUUAAUGUUUCCAUCAAUGCUUCCUUAAAAAUCCUCACUUGGUUUUGAUUGUAGUUCAUCUGCCUCUUUUUUCCCCCCUUUUCCACUCUAAAUAAUCCUAAGAGUGAGAAUUGGGGUGGCAGGGCCUGGUGUCUUCCAUGUCUACCCCUUUAUACAUAGAUGAAUGGGGACCAUUGGGUUUGAGACAUCUUAGAGGUGAUUGGUAGGACGGGCAGAUGCGAGCUGGUGGGGAGGUCUAGUGAGGCCAUGCUUGCUACAUGGAACAGCUUGCUGGUGCUCCACUUAAUCCAGGGUGUGUGGAAACAUUAACACAACUUUCCUGACGUGCAAGGAUCUGCCCUUAGGCUUUCUUUCCAUACUGUCUUGAAUAAAUGGAAAAGGGAAUGGUGGCAUCUGACAUAAUCCCAUCCCCCCCACACUUACUGGGGAUGCUGUGGGACAGUGAAGAAAUGUCAGAUCAAUGCACUGGUCUGACAUUGUAGAUUAUUUAAUAAAAUGAACAAUUAAAAAAACAUGA